UCACCGCGCCGUAGGUCGUGCCCCACGCCGGGCGGCUGCAAUGCCGGACGUGUCGGAGAGGACGCUACAGGUGUCAGUGCUGCUGGCCUUCGCCUCCGGAGUGCUGGUGGGCUGGCAGGCGAACCGGCUGCGGAGGCGCUACCUGGACUGGAGGAAGCGGAGGCUGCAGGACAAGCUGGCGAUGACUCAGAAGAAGCUGGACCUGGCGUGAGCCCCAGCGCCGCGGCCCCCGCGCGGCCACCUCGCUCCGCGGCGCGGGGGCUCGGGUGCAGGCGGCCUGAGCCAGGCUCAUCUCACUCCGCCAGCCGCGCCCGGCUCCUCUUGGAGUGUCGCAUGUUGAAGAUGGAUGGACAGCACUGGACAGAAAUAAUUUCUCCUUGCACUUUAUGAAUCAAUUUUAUUUUUAAAAUAAAAAUUAUAAACAUCUCUGAACCUUUUAUCAUAAGGAAAAGGAGUAUCUUGCUUGUCUUGCAGCUUAUUGCAUCAAGAAAUCUGGAUUCUCAAAACUGAUGUAAUAGUAAUUUUGAGCAGGUGUCUUCUUAAGCAACCUAUGCCGGUUCUUUUGUGGGACAACCUAUAAAGUGGAGUUAGCUUAGGGACUGUUACCAGUCCUUCUGGUCACCUGUUUUACUGGACCUAUAUAGGAAACCCAGGGGCUCUGUAAAAAUAACUGAGGCAAGAGUGAUGUAUGUAAAACCUUUGCACUUCUGAGAGUGACAACAUAUUCCAGGUGCAGAGUAUAAGCUUUAUUGGCAAAAAUUUCAUUUGUGUGUCAUGAUGGAAUAUGCAUGUGAAGUAGAAACCCUCUUGAAGGGAUCUUAGACUGUGUCCAGGUCCCUGGUUAUUUAUUUUUUGCAAGAGGUGUUUUUUAGAAUAUUGCCCUUGCUUAUUCCUAUAAAGAUUAAUUUUAUGUCUCAGCAAAUUUAACAGCAGCUCCAUAUUAAGGAAAUUCAAAGAAGUUGUUUCCACAGAAAGCUUUUUUUUUUCCUCCCCAUUUUACCGGAAUGUUACACUUUAUUAUUUCCAACUUUAUUUUCAUUCUGUGAAUGCAGGGACUGAAAUGUUAAUUCUUAAGUUUCAUCCCAUCUGGGGAUGAGUACCCUGAAGUAUCCUACUCACCUUUUGUCAUUGAGACUGUGAGCCAGGGGGGGUCUCAAGGCACAUGCUGCCUGGGAAUGUUAUGAUGUAUCCUGUUAAGCAUCUGGGUUAUAACCACUUAUGGCUGUUUGGUUCUGUUCUUGUGCCAUGUUCCUGGUGGACCUGGUCUUCUCAGUGUUGAUUCUUUUCCCAUUGUGUGCAGCACCCUGACACCCUCAUCUCCCUCUGCUGUCUCAACUGCCACCCCUGCCCCUCUGGGCAUGUGCUACUCACCCUGAGUCCUGUCUAGGUCCUCUGUGAUCUUUCGCCACCCCAUAUCACUCUUAUUUGUCCCCUAUAGCCUCUUUACACUGCUCAUGUGUCCCCAGCCCUGUGGUGGGUCACUCCCUGGGACAGCUCCUCAAUCACUUUUUCUCUUCUUGCCCUCUGCCCUCUGCCUGGGUUUUUUCCCUGAGGAUAUUGUCUUACAUGGAGAUGUUAACUUUUUUCAUGUUAGCCAGAAUUGGCAAUGAGGAAGUUGGGAGCCAGAGAUGAUACCAGUGGUAUAACCUGGAAAUGAUACUUGACUCAUUGACAUACAUAUCUCACCCCCUCUCUUUUGUCACUGCUGUGUAAUCACAGCAGCUACCUGUUGCAUUGGCCCAUUUUUAUUUACCUACCCUUCCUUUUGACCCCCUGAGGCUCUUCAGACCUGCUCCAUUCCACAUUGCUUCAGCCAUACCUGAACCUUGUCACAGUCUUGGACUUUAUUGUCCCAUCAUACUUGGCUUCUUCAGUUUCAGCUGGUAAACCUUCCUCAAGGACAACUCACAUCUUCCCCACCUCUGCACUUACAGAACUGCCUACUCUGGAGGAGACCACUGGUUAUUCCUCCCUUGCAAUUCACCUCAUGUAUUCUGGGUGAUGUGGUUGGGUCAGACUCCCUCCCUGCCUACAUAUUUACCUUUCAUCACUGCUUUUGCUCUCUCUGGGCCACCUAACUUAAUAGAGAAAGAACCUGCACCUUUCUCACUUAGCUACUCCAAAUGGGGUCUAAGUGUAAGUGUACCCUUCUGGUGUUGUAGCUGCAUUUGUCCACAUCCCCAGUUUACUUCUCUUAUUCCUAGCAGAUUGCUCUCAACUGUAAGAGAAGGUGAAGUCCGUAUGUGGGAAUUCCUUCAUCUUCCUCUUGGUAGCUCUUUUGAGGACAGUGGUUUUCAACAGGGGUGCAUAUCAUGAUCAUCUAGGAAACUUAAAAAUACUAAUUCCUUUGGGGUGGUUUAAUGAUUAUGCAUUGAGUCCCCUAUACAGAAUUUUAUUGUUAACAACCAUUUGAUCAA